AUGGUGUACAAUGUCACUGAUGGUUUAGGGUGGUGUUACGUUGCAUAUUGCAAUGCAUCUUGUAAAGUUGAGGUACACUCUAGUUCAUGUCCCACAACACCGAUACCCAGCACAACAGCAAGUUCUACCACUGCAGUGCUCAGCACCACUACAAAGCCUACAGUUUCAACCUCAGUUCCUCCUAUCACACCUACUUCUACAUCUACUUCCACUCCAUCAACAACCCCAACUCCGGACUGCAGUGAUGUGAAUCCACCAAGGAAGAAUGGAGAGUCCUGGAAGACGGACAACUGCACCACUGCAACUUGCAUCAAUGGCACUGUCACGAUAUCAACUUGUCCCCCAGUACAGCAACCCAUCUGUGCCAAUGGACGCCAAGUUGUCGAGGUCUACGAUGAUGACGGAUGCUGCCCUCACUAUGACUGUCAAUGUGUGUGCAGUGGAAUCGGUGGAUCACACACAACAUUUGAUGGAAAAACAUACAGUUUCAGCAAGAACUGCUCUUACUACCUGGUCAAAGAGAUUAUUACUAAAUACAACCUGACUAUCAUAGUAAACUACAAUGACUGUGAUUCUUCAGACACAUUCUGCUCCCAGGCCCUCAUUGUCAUAUACAAAUCCUACAUGAUAGUUCUGACUCAGUUGAUGAUUUCGGGAAAAGCAACUAAUGUGGUAUAUGUGAAUCAAAAACAGAUCUAUCCCGCCUACAGCAAUUCUGACCUGCGCCUCACCAGCACAGAUAUGUUGAUCAGAUUGGAGAUACCAGAGAUCAGUACUACAGUGGUCUAUAGGGGCACCUCAUUCAGCAUUGACCUUCCUAACUCCCUCUUUGGUGGGAACACUGAGGGACAGUGUGGUGAGUUACCAGACCACUUAACCCCUGAUCCUUACCUUAACCCUAUUCAGUGACCCUUAGUAGACCCAAUCAUGGGGUGAAAGAAGCAUUUCCAAUCCAGUAAUACUGUCACUGCCAGCCUGCAGUGAGGAUAGACACAUUUACUUGUACAAGUUUUCCAAGUUUGAUUAAUCAACCUUUCCUUAACUGCAUUUGUUGUAAAUUGCUUGUUUCAGACCAGUGAGUGCAACCAGUUCAAUGUGAGAUUUCAGUAUAAUC